AGUUGGACAAUCGCUAGUAGCACAACCAACUGCAGCUCAGUUCCCUCAAGACGCAGAAAGAAGUACUUUUAGUCAACUUCUCUUGUCGUCGCUGUCUCCGCUACACAGAUCUUUUCCCGUUACGUGAUGGCAUCGUCUGCAAUGAUCACCGUCCCCACCACCGCCUCCCGGUUCGCCCUGCUCCAGAUUGACUCAGAUUCGGACUCGGAAGCCUCCGAGCCGGGGAAGUCCAACGCCAAACGCGGGAGGGACUCCUCCGGGAAGUCCAGACAGGGGAAAUCAGGGGCAACGACCGGAUCAGGGGGUAAAGGUGGUCAGGGUGGCGAGAAGAAGAAAGACAAGAAGAAGAAGAAGAAGGAGCAGCAGCAGAGUGAGGCGAACGAGCUGCGUAAUCUGGCCUUCAAGAAGAUUCCCCAGAAGUCCUGUGCCCCUCCGCCCUGCAUGACGCUGUCAGGAAUAGCCACCGAGCUCCUUAGCCCAGCAUCAGUGGACCACAGCUUACCUUCAGAGGGCUGGCAACAGUGGAAACAGAGAGACGAACAGAUAACCACAGAGCUGUAUGAGGCAGAUUUGGAAAAGGCCUUGAUUCUAAGUAAACUGGAGUAUGAGCAACAGAAACAGCAGAGCAACACAAACGUAGCUUCGCCAAAGUCACGAGGAGGAAAAGAGAGUGGCGGGAAGAAGGACAAAAAGAAAAAUCAGCAGGCAAAAGACAAAAAGACAGUUUCUCUGCAGGACUUCCAGGCUGAAGGCUCUGCUGAGCAAUCAAAUAGAAAACAAGAGGAAACCAGAGGGAUAAACUUAGCGCCAGGAAUCGGACAGGAGGAACGGUUUUUCAACAAAGUAGAAGAUGAUGUGAGUCGGAUCAUCCAGAGGGAGAAAAGAUUUGAGCAGUUUGCGAACAGCCCGGGACAAGAAGUCAACACAUCCACAGAACAUGAACCGGACCCCCGGGCAGAACAGCUGAAAUAUGAGCUGGAGAAAAAGGACCAGGAGGUUCAGAAACUGAAAAAGACCAUUUCAGAGUGGGAGGGAAAAUACAAAGAGGUGAAAGCAAGGAAUUCCCAACUUCUUAAGAUGCUCCAACAGGGGGAGAUGAAAGACAAAGCAGAGAUUCUCCUGCAGGUAGAAGAACUAUUGCACAUCAAAGAAGAACUGUCCUCGCAGGUAACAUUAUUACAUGCUGCUCUUGAACAAGAAAGAUCAAAAGUUAAAGGGCUCCAAUCAGAGCAACCCAAACAUCAGGGAAACAAGAAAGGGAAGAAAGGCUCUGAAGUGGAUCAAUGAAGAUUUCUGAAGGAAGAAAAAAAGGACUGGAGGAAUAAAAAAUGAACAGAAAGAAGAAAAAUGAACAAAUUAAAUAGCACUACUGAUUAUUAAGGUUCUCUUUUUGUUUCAUUUUUUUUUAUUUUUCCCCCUUUUAUUUUUAUUUUACUUUUUAUAGUCUGACUGUCAGCUUGCAUGUCCCCUUAAAUACACAGAAUAUACUCCAGAUGUGGCAUGGUGUAUUAAACAACCAAGUGACAUUUAUUUACUGCUUUUGAAAUAAAUUGAGUUCAGCAUCUGUUUGGAAACGGUUGCUCUGCAGAGCCGCGGCAUCUCCAAUGCUCCAAAAGCUGUGUGCCUCUUUUCAUGGGUUCUGAUGCCAAAUUGACAGAUUAAAAUGUAUGUUAAUGGGGGUGGCAGGCUGUUCUCGCUCACUGUGAAGUAAAAUAAAAUACUUUUUCAGUGA